UAAUCAAGAAUGUCUAAAGCAUGGAAAGUGAAGUUGCUUCUUCUGCUUCAACUCCUCCUCUUGACUCAACAUGGUGUUAAUUCAGCCUCUGUGGUUAGCUAUCUUCCUGGUUUCGAAGGUCCUCUUCCUUUUCACCUUGAAACUGGCUAUAUUGGUGUUGGCGAGGAAGAGAAAGUGAAACUUUUCUACUACUUCAUCAAAUCAGAGAAAAAUCCUGAAGAAGAUCCUCUUAUGAUUUGGUUAACUGGAGGACCUGCUUGCACUGCUCUCUCUGCUCUUGCUUUUGAGAUUGGGCCGUUGACUUUCAAGACUGAGGUUUACAAUGGAAGUUUACCUUCUCUUGUCUCAACUUCAUAUUCUUGGACAAAGGUAGCUAACAUCAUAUUCUUGGAUCAACCUGUUGGGACUGGCUUCUCUUACUCAACAGAUCCUCUUACUUAUAAGCCUAGUGACACAGGAGAAGCAAAACAGACUUAUGAAUUUCUUCAAAAGGUUGCAACAUUGCAUCAACAUGACAAUAUGUGUUUCUUGAAUAUAAAUGUAUCACAAUCUUUUCAAUUGUGUUUGUUUCAGUGGUUAGUGGAGCAUCCAGAGUUUGACUCAAAUCCUCUUUAUGUCGGUGGAGAUUCUUAUUCCGGUAUAGUUGUUCCAGCCAUUGUUCAACAGAUCUCAAUAGGAAAUGAACAUGGACACAAACCAAUGAAUCUUAAGGGUUAUGUUCUUGGGAAUCCGUCAACAGAUCUUGAUCAAGAUCAUAACUCCAAGAUUCCAUAUGCUCAUGGAAUGGGACUCAUAUCUGAUGAACUCUACGAGUCGCUUAAGAGAAUCUGCGAAGGAAAUUAUGCAAAAGUGGACCCUACAAAUACACAAUGCUUGAAUUUGGUGGAUGACUACAAUAAGUGUGUAUCAAGGAUUGAUGAAGGAUUUAUUUUGAUACCAUUGUGCGAUUUGGCAUCACCGAAUCCAUUUUCGAUGGAGAUUAAUGAUGGAAGAAGAAGAAGUCUCAAAAGACUUGUUCACUCAGAUCUUUCUCUUCCAACUCCUGAUUGCUAUAUGUAUCGGUAUGUGCUAGCUACGCAUUGGGCCAAUGAUGAUGAAGUACGCAAAGCACUUCAUGUGGUGAACGGAACUAUAGGGAAAUGGGUGAGAUGCGAUUGGGAUAUGGCUUAUGAGAAAGACAUAAAGAGCAGCCUACCGUACCAUCUAAACAAUAGUAUGAAAGGGCUUUAUAGGUCAUUGGUGUAUAGUGGUGAUCAUGACAUGAUGGUGCCUUUUAUUGGAACCGUGGCUUGGAUUAGAUCUCUAAACUAUUCAAUCAUCGAUCAAUGGAGGCCAUGGCUUGCUAACAAUCAAGUUAUUGGAUACACAAGGACUUACUCAAACAGCAUGACAUUUGCCACUAUCAAAGCAAGGAGGAGGGCACACUGCAGAGUAUAAACCAGAUGAGAGCUUCAUGAUGUUUCAAAGGUGGAUACGUGGUCAACCUCUGUGAUAGUGACCAGUGAGCCCCAACGAAUCCACAACAUUAAAAACAGAGUAAUAAAGAUAAAUAUGGUGAAUAGAGGGUAUUGUUACAUUGAAACAAAAAUCAAAAUCAACAGUGUAAAUGUAAACAAUAUCAAG